AACCAAGAAAUUUCACCGAAUCAUAAGGUGUUCAUUGUGCGAGAGCAAACAAACCAAACGACGAGCGACCAUUUUCUGGAUUUCUAAACCAUGUCAUCUUCAUUCCCUGACUCGUUCGACCAACUCGGUGCAGACUCGCGACCCGCCGCUUCCACUCGGCCGUUCGACGACGACGGCUACUUGGGGUACGAUCCUCGCAUCGCAUCCCAGCGUUUCGACUCUUUCUCGAACUUCGCCGACUCGGAGUCCGUCAAGGACUCGAUCGUCGACGACUCACCGAUCAACGACGUGUUCGCGUCGCAGCAGAUACCAGACACUCCGUCUCCGCCGCCGAUCUAUGUCUCUGGCAGUGGACACUCACCCUUUUCGCCGGAAUUAUGUUCGUUGUCGCCGGAAGCGAAUGGAACACCUUUCGACAGUGGUUUUGUGGGGUCUAAUGGUCCGAUUUUGCCCCCUCCGGCAGAGAUGGAGCCUGAGGAUGGUUUUGCUCUCAGAGAAUGGAGAAGGCAAAACGCAAUUCGACUAGAGGAGAAGGAAAAAAGAGAGAAGGAAUUGUUGAACCAAAUUAUUGAAGAAGCUGAGGAAUACAAAAUUGAAUUCUACACGAAGAGGAAGGUCACCUGUGAGACUAACAAAGCCACUAACAGGGAGAAGGAGAAGUUAUUUGUUGCCGGCCAAGAGAAGUUCCAUGCCGAGGCUGACAAAAAUUACUGGAAGGCAAUUGCUGAACUUGUUCCUAAUGAAGUUCCAGCCAUAGAAAAGAAGAGAGGGAAGAAGGACAAGGAAAAGACGCCUUCCGUAGUUGUGAUCCAAGGGCCAAAACCCGGGAAACCAACUGAACUAUCAAGGAUGCGGCAGAUACUCUUGAAGCUUAAGCACAAUACUCCUCCUCACCUAAAGCCUUCUCCACCUCCUGCUCCAGCCACAACCAAGGACGCUAAAACCGGUGCUCCUGCUGCUGCUACUACCACCGCUGGUCCCAAGGCUGCAGCUGUUGCCACCACAUCUGAGCCUGUUGUUUGUGCCUGAUAGUUGCUGCUCUCUUAGUAAUCAGCUUUUGUAUGUCGAGAUGCUUGUAGGAGUAUGCUAUUUAUUAUUUUUCUGUUUCUAUAUGUACAACAAAUGGAUCUACAAGGUUUCUGUUCUGCCUCAAUGUUACGUCAUGAGGUCUAUUGUCUGUUAAUAGGAACAUGUCGGAGUGUGUGAAUGAAUGACCUUGAAAAGCUCGUGUGCCUACCAAUUUCGUGUCUUGGAAUUGUAAACCGAGUCAAAAUUUUAUGGCCGUUGUAAACCUGUAUUUGAUUCUUGUUAAUUACUCAAAUCUCAGCUUACCUA